CACAACGCAGCAGCCAUGACGAUCGGAGCACCAGGUUCCCAUCAUCAGCCCGGCAACGAGGCAGCCAACAUCCUGGAGAACGUGUGGGCUACCAUCAUGACAGAGUCCACCACUACCCCGGCGUCGUCGACGGCCGCGUCGUCGGAGGUUGGUGAGGAGAAGCCGGAGGCCAUCUUGCAGAGGCUGCCGAGCCUGGGGAGGUGGAUUUCCAUGGGAGCCGAGGAGUGGGACGAGCUCCUCCUCAGCGGAGCCGCGCUCACGUCGGACGCCUCCGGCGAGCUGCUCCUCGCCGCCUCGCCGGCGGCGAGCCAGGAUCAAGACCGGCGUGAUGAUCGUCGGGCCAGCUCCAACAAGGCGGCGGUGGCGUGCAAGAGCUACAGGGGCGUGCGGCGGCGGCCGUGGGGCAAGUUCGCCGCCGAGAUACGCGACACGCGGAGGAAGGGCGCGCGGGUGUGGCUGGGCACGUUCACGACCGCCGAGGAGGCCGCGCUAGCCUACGACAAGGCGGCGCUGCGCAUGCGCGGGCCCCGCGCGCACCUCAACUUCCCGCUCGACGUGGUGCAGCGCGAGCUCGCCGGGAACGGCGGCUGCGGCGAGGCGAGCCGGGUGCUGCGCCGGAGGAGGAGAGGUAGCAAUGCUGCUGCUGAUACGAGAAGCCAUGGGAGCGUGUCGGCAACCGAUGGUGGUUGUGACCAGACCAUGGUGUCGUUCGCUUGUGGGAGGAAAGAUCAAGGGGCAUCAUCACCGAUGGUGCAAGAGCCUUCGAUCAGUGAUCCAGGAGCAGUGAUCGAGUUCGAGGACAUCGGUGGCGAGUACUGGGACUACUUGUUCGCACCAUUGGUGUAGGGAGGAUGAUCAAGUACACCUAAGCUAGUUAUUAGGGGUUUGCAAAGGAAAAAAAAAAAGGUACACCAAGAUAGGGUUGUGGAUUCAUGAAAAGAGAAGGCUAGCUAAGUAAUUUGUAUAGAUCAAAUUCGACUAGUCAUAACUGUGUGUAGCCAAUCAUUACAAGGUGAUUCAUUAGUUGA